UAAUCUUAGACUCGUUCUCGUAAUUUUACACUUCGACUGCCAUUUUUAAAGCACAACGUUCCCUCUCAUCUCCCACAACGCAUCUUCUUCUCAAAAUUCAAAGCCGAGUAAAACAGAAAAAUUAAAAGAGAAAAAAAAUGGCUCCACUGAAAGCGGGGCGAAGCUUUCCGUCUAUAACCCAAUGCCACGGUUCGACUUACGAAUCGAUCGCCGCCGACCUCGACGGCACGCUUUUAAUCUCUCGAAGCUCUUUUCCUUAUUUCAUGCUUAUCGCCGUCGAAGCGGGAAGCCUACUUCGAGGUCUUAUCCUUCUUCUUUCUCUGCCUCUGGUCCUUGUUUCUUAUCUUUUCAUUUCCGAAGCUAUUGGUAUCCAAAUCCUCAUUUUUAUCUCCUUCGCUGGACUCAAGAUCCGCGACAUCGAACUCGUCUCCCGCGCUGUUCUUCCCAGAUUUUAUGCUGCGAAUGUGAGGAAGGAAAGUUUCGAGGUAUUUGACAGAUGCAAGAGGAAAGUAGUGGUGACGGCGAAUCCAACGCUCAUGGUGGAGCCGUUUGUGAAGGAUUUUCUCGGCGGAGAUAAGGUCUUAGGCACAGAAAUUGAAGUGAACCCUAAAACAAAGAAGGCGACUGGGUUUGUAAAGAAACCCGGGGUUUUAGUAGGAAUGUUGAAGAGAUUGGCCAUUUUAAAGGAGUUUGGUGACGAAUCACCGGAUAUUGGAAUCGGAGACCGUGAAUCCGAUCAAGAUUUCAUGUCGAUAUGCAAGGAGGGCUACAUGGUGCACCCUAGCAAAUCAGCUACACCAGUACCACCCGAUCGUCUAAAGAGCCGCGUUAUCUUCCACGAUGGUCGCUUUGUCCAGCGCCCGGACCCACUCAAUGCCUUGAUCACCUACAUUUGGUUGCCAUUUGGCUUCAUCCUAUCCAUCUUUCGCGUCUACUUCAAUCUACCUUUACCGGUGCGUAUCGUACGCUACACAUACGAAAUGAUGGGUAUCCACCUCCUGAUUCGUGGGAAGCGACCACCCCCACCAUCCCCUAGGAACCCUGGCAAUCUCUUCGUUUGCAAUCACCGUUCAGUUCUUGAUCCAGUUGUGAUUGCCAUCGCACUCGGACGCAAAGUUUCGUGUGUCACAUACAGCGUAAGCCGCCUCUCAAGGUUCCUGUCCCCAAUCCCAGCCAUUGCUUUAACUCGUGAUCGUGUGGCUGAUGCAGCCCGAAUAUCACAACUAUUGCAAAAAGGUGAUCUCGUGGUGUGUCCAGAGGGGACCACGUGUCGUGAGCAGUUCUUAUUGCGAUUCAGUGCUUUGUUCGCAGGAAUGAGCGAUAGGAUCGUACCCGUGGCGGUCAAUUGCAAGCAGAACAUGUUUUACGGGACAACCGUCAGAGGGGUCAAAUUUUGGGACCCUUAUUUUUUCUUCAUGAAUCCAAUGCCAACAUACGAGGUCACUUUCCUUGACCGAUUGCCGGAUGAGAUGACGGUGAAGACCGGAGGGAAAUCACCGAUUGAGGUGGCGAAUCAUGUGCAGAAGGUGUUGGGUGAUGUCCUGGGGUUUGAGUGCACUGGAUUGACUAGGAAGGAUAAAUAUAUGUUGCUUGGGGGAAAUGAUGGUAGGGUUGAAUCAAUGUACAAUGCCAACAAAUAAUUUGGGUUUGUCGCAUUUUGUUGUGAUAAGGGAUUUUCUUUGAACAUUUGGAUUUGGACAAUUAGGUGCAUAAUUAGUUUGGUAUUUUUCUAAGGUCACAACUAAUUUGGGUUGAGAUAUUAUUUAAAAAAAAUGUCACGGAGGGUUUAUGAAGUAUUUAUUAAAUGUAUAAUUUUUUAGACUUUCGGAUUUUUUAAAUGUAAAUUCUGGUAGUGUCUGAUGGAUUA